UCAACGUUAGGAAUGUAAACAUGGCGGCAGUGGCUGGCACUUGCUGUAGCUUUCCGCUUUCAUUCGCCUCAUAAAUUGAGCCAUAAAUUUAACAAACUUCUCAUGUUUUGUUGGUUAAGUGUCUUGAUGUACUGUAAAGUGGCCUGGUAUUCAACAUGUAGCAACCAAACUACUGCUUCAUCAUGGUUCCCAUAGUAACCUUCUCGAGGACGCUACCCCCAUUAUUGCAGUUCUGCCGGUACCACAGCCGACAUGGGCAUUGUAGUCUCGCCCUGAGACAUCUGUCCAGUGAUAGCUCCACCUCCGAAACCCAUCCCAUCUCCCCACAUGUUGCACUGGGAGGCAAACCAGCAGGGACUGUUCUAUCCUCCAGUGAGAUCAGACGGACCUUCAUUGAGUAUUUCAGAGACCAGCAUGGACACACUUUCAUACCUUCAGCCUCUGUGAUACCCCAGCGAGAUCCCACACUGCUCUUCACAAAUGCAGGAAUGAAUCAGUUCAAGGACAUUUUUCAAGGCACCAUCAGUCCCCAUGCAGAGGGUGCUAACUAUCGCCGCGUCGUCAAUUCUCAGAAGUGCAUCCGGGCUGGAGGCAAGCACAAUGACUUGGAUGAGGUGGGAAAGGACGUACACCACCACACAUUCUUUGAAAUGCUUGGCAACUGGUCAUUUGGAGACUACUUCAAGAGAGAGGCUUGUUCGAUGGCCUGGGACCUGUUGACCAGGGUGUAUGGUAUACCCGAGGACCAGCUCUAUGUCACAUACUUCAAGGGUGAUGCUUCACUGAACCUUGAGGCUGACACAGAGUGCAGAGAUAUAUGGCUUGAGCUUGGUGUGCCUCCAGAGCGAGUGCUUCCUUUUGGAAUCGCCGACAACUUCUGGGAGAUGGGGGGGAGUGGCCCCUGCGGACCCUGCAGUGAGAUUCAUUACGAUCGGCAUGGUAACCGAGAUGCCUCUCAUCUGGUCAAUGAUCUGCACUCGGAUGUCCUGGAGGUGUGGAAUCUGGUUUUCAUGGAACACAACCGGCAAGCUGAUGGCAGUCUGAAGCGGUUGUCACAGCAACACGUGGAUGCUGGCAUGGGACUGGAGAGAUUGGUGGCGAUACUUCAGGGAGUCAGCUCCAACUACGAGACAGACUUGUUCUUGCCACUAAUCAAGGCGAUUGAAAGUGGGUCUGGUUCACGGCCUUACAGUGGGUUAACUGGUGCUGCAGACCCGGACUACAUCGACACAGCCUAUCGAGCAGUGGCAGACCAUGCUAGGAUGCUGACAAUAGCCAUAGCUGAUGGUGGGCAGCCCGACUAUUUCAAGCGAGGGUACGUGCUGAAGAGAGUCAUCCGUAGAGCUGUCCGGUAUGCAACCGAGAAACUGAAGGGUCCUCCAGGACUCCUGGCUAGUCUGGUUCCCACGGUCGUGGACUCUUUGGGAACUAUGUAUCCAGAAUUGAGGCAGGAUCCGCAGCACAUCGUGGACAUCAUCAACACCGAGGAGAGCCAGUUCCUGAAAACCCUGAGAAAGGGCCAGAAAUUCCUGUCCAAAAAGAUUUCCAAGUUGCCACAAGGAUCAAAACUGACAGGUGAGAUUGCAUGGAAGAUGUACGAUGGAUAUGGUUUCCCUCUCGAUUUGACAACGAUGGUGGCUGAGGAGCAUGGGGUUAAGGUUGACAUGGAGGGAUACGAGGCAGCAAGGUUAAAAGCACUGGAGAUAACAUCUCAAGGAGGAAUCAAGAACCUUGGCCAACUUCCACGGAUACGCUUGGAUGCAACCGAUCUGAGCAUGUUGCAGAAGAAGAAAGUAAAGUUUACUGACGACUCUCCCAAGUACCACUUCACCUACACAGACUCUGGGAAAUACGUUUUCCCACCAGUAUCAGCACGGGUGUUAGCGCUAAAAACUGACAGGGGAUUUGCCAGCAUGGUGGGCAGUGGGGAAGACUGCGGCAUCAUCUUGGACUGUACCAAUUUCUAUGCAGAGCAGGGGGGACAAGAAUGGGAUGAGGGACAUCUUAACUCUGUCAAAAAUGAGGAGGUAGUAUUUCAAGUGGAGAAUGUGCAAUUGUACAGUGGCUAUGUGCUACAUGUAGGAACUGCAGUAGAAACCAUUAAGCCUGGUGACAACCUCAUGCUGUUUCUUAACAAGGUUCGACGACAGAAGAUAAUGCGAAACCACACAGCGACCCACAUACUCAAUUUUGCCCUGCGGGAGGUUCUGGGUGAAACCGAGCAACGAGGAUCACUUGUUGCACCAGAUCGCCUACGCUUUGAUUUCAUAGCGAUGGGUGCCCUGGAUCCCACGCAACUGCAGCGAGUCACCCAGAUUGCUAAUGACAUCGUUGCCCAGAAAUAUCCUGUCUACAGGGGGCAAGUUCCCCUGGCAACUGUGAAGGCCACGGAGGGAGUGAGGGCAAUGUUUGAGGAAGCCUAUGGGGACCAUGUGACCGUGGUUUCUGUUGCUGUUCCUGUUCCAGAGGUGUUUAAAGGUUCUGGUGCCAUGCAGUAUCCUGUGGAGCUUUGUGGGGGAAUUCAUGUGUGCAAUACUGGCCACAUCAAGAGGCUUUUAAUCACUGCUCAGCGGCAGGUUAGUGCCGGUGUCCGAAGACUCACUGCCAUCACGGGCAACGAUGCACAGUCGGCUGACUAUGUUGCCAAUACCUUACAACAACGGCUGGCAGAAGUGGAUAACCAGCUGACAUUGAGUCUACGUAGCGACACACUAGCCAAAGUCUCAAACAUUAAACAGUCCCUGGAUUCACUUUCUGCAACGUUAGUCACAUCCAGGCUGGAAAUCUGGCGAAAGGAAACCAUUAGCCAACAGAUUCAAGCCAUGAGGGAGAAGAUUAAAACUGCUGAAAAGAUGGCUGAGAUGUCAAAGAUCAAACAGAUUAUUCAGAGUCUUUACACAGACUGUUUAGAAUCAACCUCCGAUGCCCUCGUGCCACCUUUUGUAGUCAGACAUGUCUCAAGUGAAAUCAACUCAAAGAUAUUGCUGAAGAUUGCCAAGGGACUAGCCAAGAUGUUACCAGACACCCCACUCAUGCUGAUCAGCGGCUGCAAAGAUGACGUGGCUGCCAUCUGCAUGAUCCCGAGGGGUUCCAGUGGUCACAGGUUGACAGCCAGUGCCUGGAUGGAUCCUGUGAUGGAGCUGCUACAGGGCAAGGGUGGUGGCAGUGCUACCUUUGCCAGGUCACAGGGCAAAGGUCGCCACAAGGUCAGGGAGUGCCUCUCAGUUGCCGAGGAGUACGCAAGGUGUGCAACAAACAAGGCACAGGAAUGAAAAAGUGUGUACCACCAGACUCCUUGCAGGUGCUAUUCAGUAUUAGCCCUCGUGCUGUAAAAAGUCAUUAAUUCUAAUCUCCAGAGUUGUGGUGAAAGUUAUUUAAAAUGAGGGAUGCACAACCUUUGCUUAUUUUGGUGUACAUAAUUUUGUUACAAAUUUAUAACAGUAAAAAAGUCUGUGACAGCUGUUUAUAAUCAUAUAUGCUCACUAUUUCUACAAUUGAUUACUUUAGAAACCUGGUUUUAGUUCUCUUAAAGUAAUGCAACGAUAUCAUGGAACUUUCCUCUGAUAUGGGUGAUAUCAAAACACUGGAUCCCCAACUCCCAAAAUAAUAGUAUUACUUUGUAUCAUGUUUAGCAUUCUGUGGCUUUUUGUUGGUCUGGCUGUUGUGUGUUUGAAAAGACUCGGCGGUUCUGCCACACUGAUGAACUUUGUCCAUCUUUGGUGCUCGGAGUCUAGUUUCCUUGUCCUUUCUCAGUUGUUUCAUCCUUGCGCCCGACAGCACCAGGCUGCAGGUAUCACGCCAGUGGAAGACGUGUGCAUCGUUAAAGGAUAUUAAAAAUUUACUAUGGCUUGUCACUGAGAUUGUGGUUCAUGUGCUAGGAGCUAUCGUGGUCUACAGUUCUGUUAAAAACAGAUUUUCUUUCCUGUUGCGGAAGUACUUCCAGAUCCCCAACCAGACUGACCACUUCCCCUGACUGUGUUCCUUUGUGAAACCACCAUCUGUUGGAGAGCUGCUGCCAAAAUCUGUCCACAAACUGCUUUCUUCUAAAAUCUCGACAGAAAUGCCCCAAGUAUUCCGUCAGCUGGUGUUUAGAUACGUGAGGUAUGUGCCUGAUGGGUGAAUAAUGCUCUCCUUGAACCGUGGUGAACUUUAUCAAUGAAUUUAACAUCAGGUUAGCAUUGGGGGACUGCCGUGGGUGAAUUUCAGGAGUUUUGUGCAGGAAGGCCAAGGACAGUUGAAUGGAAAAAUAAUUUGCAUUGAUUGAUUGAUUUCCAAGAGCAGUUUUUCCAACGUCAGUGGAAAGAUGUAUUCUUCCGUUCAGCAUCGCUCAGUUUUCUAGAAGUAAAAAACAGGGUGAUAGCCAAGUUUUUUGGGGAAAGAAAUCGGGUGAUCUUUGGAAAUCUUUCUAUGGAAUGAUCUCUCUGUUUGGAUUUCUCACCCAGGAAAGCAGAACAAAAGUGAAAGCAAAGUUGAAGAAAUGGCGAAUGUUUUUGAAGAUGACUUUUUUCACUUAACUCAUCACUGGAUCACAGGGAAUGUGAUCGUGUUUUUUGGUGGAGAUAUUUUUUUAAUUGUUUUGUUUUAGUAUUUUAAUUUAUUUAUUUAGGGGAGUUUUGUGAUGGUUUACUUGUUUCUCAGACAUGGGAAUGCUGCUGUCUGACUUUGGAAAUCAGUUCCCUUCAGAGGGAAUCUUCGCCACUUAGGCAUAGGAACUUUUAUAUUGUUGUAAUUGAAUUUUGGGUAGGGGUGUUGUGGGGAUACUAAGUUAAUAAAGUGAGAAAUGCGUUAAUAACCGGCCUCUUUCACUUCUCUGCAGAGGGUAAUUUUUGUUAACAUUUUUAAAAGCCAUCACCCAGUCUCUGCGUAUUGACAUAAAACCUUUUUUGAUUUGUGACCGGUGAAAGUGGAGAACAGUUUCCUUGGCUGAGAUCAUUACAAGAAAAAAGGGUUUUUACAAAAAUUUGGUAAGAGGAUGUGAAAGCACAGUGCACACAUUUUCAAAUAUAAAUAUACCUCCAACUUUUAUUAGGCAAGCUGCCAUAAACCACUGACGCAUAUUUAGUGGGGUGUGCCCCCCCAACAUGUUGGCAGUUUUUAAGAAAUUGUCGGUAUCUUCGAAACGGCACUAACCACCUCUCUUUGGUCAGUGUGGAUUUUUUCACAACUGAAGGGAGAAUGGACAGUUGUUCUGGGAAAAAAAAAUCCACCUCCGAACCCAUGACCUCGGACCCUUUAUAGUAAUCAGAGCAGUAUCAUUGAAAUGGCGAAUUGUAGAGUAGUCGCUGUCAUUAUUACAACCCCUGUGUAUAUUUUAAUAACUGAAAAACCAUUAGUUACAUCUGAUUGAGUACCAUCUCAUUGGAUUUCAUCUAACACUUGCUGUGACGUGUAAACUCAUCCAAACAAAAUAAUAAUAAUAAAGCAUUGAAGGUGCAUUUUAGAUUGUUUAACUUGCAACAAUAGCGGAUAAUUUUUCCACUUUGACAGAUACGUUUAUAAUCUUGUUCACAUUUCCCCCUUUUAUUCAAAAGGGCCUCUCUGGAUCAUUGAUGCCAUCCUACGAGAAGAAAAAUUUCACUUGUCAUUUUUUAAGGGAUGGAGGUUUAUGGAAAAAUGAUCUUAGCAGGUGCACCGCGACCACUAAACGAAACCACAGCUGGGGAACGGGGAUAUCCGUCUCCAAAACGUCAUCAGUGACACAGCUCUGAGGAAAUGGUUUUCAAAUUCGACACCUCGUUGAUGUAUGGGGACAGCUACUAGAACCGGCAUUUGAUUGCACUAGCUUGCUUUACGAUCGAUUCAGAAUUUGUGUGAUAACUUAGAUUAUUGUAAAGCCUGGAUAAUAUUAAAGAAUGCUGUGGCAAUCCGGA